AUGGUCAAAAUUGCAAUCGCCGCGGCUUCAAGUCAGCUGGCCAGAGAAGUCAUCGACAGCUUGGUAGCGACCAAAAAGCACGAGGUCAUCGGUCUAGUCCGAAAGGUGACCGACCACGAGACCCCUCCACUUCAUGCGGAAUACAAGCUGACUCAGGGGUCACAGGAUCCUGCCCAAUACCCUUCACUGCCCGGCGUUCAAUGGGUACAGACCACGUACGAAGACAAGGCAGACCUAGUCCGCCUGUUCAAAGGCGUUGAAGUCGUUCUGUGCUUUUGGCCUGUCAACCUUGACCACGGUAGUGUCAAGCAGAAGCGACUCAUCGAUGCUGCAGUCGAGGCUGGCGUGAAGCGCUUCGCUCCGUCAGAUGGCGUCAAGUUGGAGUCCUCGCUCGACGCCAUGGCAUGGUACGCCGGCAAGAUCGAGAUAACCCGCUACCUCGAGAACCUCAACAAGGAGAAGAAGGUCAUCGAGUACACCAGGUUUCAAAUCGGUGCUUUCAUGAACUAUCUUGGGCACCCGCACCAGACGUCAACACAUGUCGCCACGCUGCCAUUCGCGUUCGACUUCGAGAAGCAACACGCCACUCUGCUUGAAGGCUCGCUCGACGAUGUCAUUGUGUGGACGACGGUCCAAGACAUCGCCGGCGUUGUCGCUCGAGCCGUCGAGUACGAGGGCGAAUGGCCCGCCGUCGGCGGCAUUAGAGGGAGCCCGGUGACGAUGCGAGAGAUGCUUCGACUGGGAGAGGCAAUGGGCAAGCCCUUCACGAUUGAAUGGCUCAAGAAGGAAGACGUCAAGACCGAGCCCCCCAACCCGAAGGCGGACACUGGUGGUGCCGUUGAGAUCGACCUGCGCUCAAUGACGCCCGAGCAGGCGCAGGCGUUCGUGAAAAUGGCCACCCGAGGGAUCUUGGUUGCGGUUGGGCGCGGGGCUUACGAUGUCACGGAUGAUUGGAACAGGAUCUUGCCGGACUACAAGUUCACCCAGGUCGAGGACUUCCUCAAGAAGGUUUGGGGAGGGAAAUAG